GGUAAGGGGUCGAAGUCAUGAUCGGGGCAGCUAGCGCAUUCUAUGAAGAUGGCCGAAAGUAAUUCUGUGGGAAGUGUAGAGGAAAAGGACAAAUAAGUGUUCGAACUUGGGAGCAUUGCAAUGUUGAAAACGCCGGAGGAAGACGUGAUAUGUUCGUUAGCUAGUGUUGCUGGAUCAUGCAGCCUUUUAUAGAGAAACGCCUCUCGCCAAAAUGUCAGGAGAUGAUCACCAAUCGGCAGUGAUGUCCUAGCCAAGGAUCAACAGUGUCCUCAAAGGACGGUCCGGCAUCGUAUAUCGUCUGAAACUUCAGCUCGAUUGUGUGUCCCUGAAACCCUGCUCUCCAACGACAAAUAGCGCGAAGCAUCAAAUAGCGUGGAAUAUUGAACCUGCAUUCGGCCACUCAUGAUAUCUUCGCCAAAGAUGUCUCCAUGACGGUGCUUUUGACGUAUUCAACCGUGUAAUAUGAUCGAAGGAGAGCACUCCCGCAUCGGCAAUGUCCAAAUCAAGUACGGGCCUGCUAGUACGCAAGCGUGGCGAAGCGUGAAGAUCGCCCAUUAUCGGAUGGAAGUCGUUACGAAAGAGGCAACGCCUGGAUGGGUGGGUUUUCCAAGAGCCGAUCAAGAAGGAAGACUGGAUCGUGCUCGACAUAUUUUGGCCAUACAGGAAAAAAGGAAGGCUGGUGACAGGGAGACGAGACCGGGUAGAGUGCCCUUCCUCGAAAAGGAUUGGUGGGGACUACGAACUCUCGAGUCCUGCAUUCUCGAGAAAUGAUAUUAUCCCCUUUCAUGUCCACCACGAGACGACGAGGCUAUUAGCGGGACCGGCCCCCACAACGUAUAGAAGGGAGACAUGGGGCCACGGGCGCUAGAGGAGAACGAAGCCUGUUACAAUAUCAGGUCAAGAGCUAGUCUGCGCGUUGGGUGGUUGGUGCUGUAGAGAUGGACACCACGGUGCCGCCGUCAUAUCUUUUGACAACAUCCCAAGGUUGGUGUAAUUCUGUGGGUUACUUGAGUGGUUCCUUUGAGCCCAUUU